AUGGUUGUUCCACAAGCUUGACAUCCAGUUGAAUCGCAAGAAGUGCAGGCAGCUGCUAAGCUUAAGCAUUUUUGAGUAGGAUGGCACCAGGAAUCUGAGCAGGUCCCUGUACAAGUCCCAUCGAUGUUUUUUUAUUUUGUCCGAGAAAUCAAAUGCAAUAAUUGAGUUAAAAGGAGUCCAGAUACUAGCUGAACUGAACCAAAUAAGUUCAUACAAAAUGAGCUUUAA